AUGGAAUCAGAUCUGAGUUUUGCAAGAAAAUCUCCUAACCUUUCUAUGGAUCUUCCAAAAAGUCCUUCCAUGAAAUCAGCGAUCUCCACAAUGGUUCCUUCUCAAUCAGGUCCAACUUUUUCACCUCCACCAUCACAUUGCACUACAUAUCUGUACCAAAAUCGUUGCAAUCAAUUUAAGGAACAUCCUCUGAACAAGGCUUACCACCACUCUAGUUUUUCUAGAGUGGCUCCUUCCUCCAUCAGCUCAUUUCCUAUGACCCCAACCCCUUCCUACAAGGAUGCGUACACCAGUGGAUCCCAAAGUGAAUUUAUCAGUGCUCGAAAUCCAAUGAUCUUUGCGCCAAACUAUAACAAAAUGGAAGUCAUGCAUGGUCCCGUUAACUCUAGCAAAGGAACUCGUGAAUUGUCUACAAAUAAUCUCUUUCAAUAUGGUGAAACUUCACAAUAUCGGGUGAGUCCCUCUCUAUCACCAUCACUAGUUUCUGAUGGACAUCCAUCUGUGUCAGUUAAGUCUGAGCUUCAAGGCGGUCUUUCAUGCAAUGGUGGAAUUGGAAACAAUUCCCGAGAAAAUAAUCAAAGGCAUAUUCAUAGUGACCAAAAUCGCCAACAAACUAAUCAAAAUAAUAGUGAAAUUCGACUCAAGGAUCCCAAUAUAAUCAAGGGUCAAUGGACUACAAAUGAGGAUAGGGUUCUUGUUCAAUUGGUGAAUCACUUUGGUCUUAGAAAAUGGUCCCAGAUUGCGAAGUACAUGAAAGGUAGGAUUGGAAAACAGUGUAGAGAGAGAUGGAAUAACCAUCUUCGUCCGGACAUUAAGAAGGAUUCAUGGACCGAAGAAGAGGACAAAAUACUAAUCGAAGCUCAUAAGAUAGUUGGGAACAAGUGGGCUGAAAUUGCAAAGAGAAUGCAAGGGCGCACCGAGAACUCAAUCAAGAACCACUGGAACGCCACCAAGCGCCGCCAUAAUACUAAGAGAAAGAAUCGGAGUAAUAGUUCAAAGGGAAAACUACUCUUGAAAUACAUAAUGGAAGUCAAUGAUGCUAAGGAAGCUGAAAAGGAGCUGAUGACGAAUUCUACGAGCGUGAUGAAAUUUGGGAAUCACCCAAACUUUGAAAGCUCGGAGAGUGAUUUUAGCUCUGAAGGUUUGGUUAAUCCAAAUGAGGAAAUUGAUGGGUAUGCUCCAAUGAUGUUCAAUGGUGAUGAUGGAAUGGCAAGUGGAUCUGGCACCACAACGAGUUAUGAUUUUGGAACAUAUGGAAUGGAGUUUUUUCCCGAGGUUCCAAUGAAGCAGGAAAUUGAUUUCAUGGGUAUGAUCUAUAGAAAUCCUUAA